GGUUUACAACUGUCAGUCCCGCUGGAGUGAAGCCGUGCAGUUCACAGCGCGAGUGGACAAGUGGAGACAAUUGGAUGAAACACGGAUUCGAUAGUAGGAAAAACUGUCUAUAGAACUAAAGGAUACAAUUGAAACGUUUCACAUGGGGAGUUAAAGAACAAAAUGACGUGUAUGCGUUACACUAUGUUACUGUUCUCAGUUUUGGAGUUAUUGUUGUUUGGAUACACAGCUGGUUUGUCGCGUGCUGUACGUCGCCUGAGCGAUGAGAACGCGUCUCCAGGCGCGAGACUCCCGCGUGCUGUGUUGGAUGAGACGUUGGAGACGACCACCAUCCCAAACCACUUACAGGAGGACGACAGGGACUCCAGGUUUUCACCUUUCACAACCACAAUGACCAUUACAACCAGGAAUUUCAAAACAACUGGUAAAACUAACCAACUACAGCCCUUCUGGCUGACCACCACGGCAGCGCUUCUGACCAAAACAAUGAACCCAACCUCCAAAGGCAGUAAAAUCAAAGAAAACUCCACAACACUAAACAUUACAGUAAAACCUACUUCUUCUUCUUCAAUAACUGAGACAAAAAACACAACACCACCUGCACUGGAUACUGCAAAGAGUUCAUGGACAGUGAAAAGCACCUCAAAGCCUCUUGUCGUGACCACUGAGAAAGGACCUCAGUGCAACUGUAGUGCUGAGGGUUCAGAGGACCUGAACACCUGUGACUCGGUCACGGGUCAGUGUGUGUGCAUACCUGGAUACACGGGUCAACAUUGUGAUGAAUGUGAGAAUGAGUAUUUCACCAACGGUACCAGCGGCUGCCAAGCUUGUGACUGUGACUCCUAUGGAGCUGUAAGCCGACUCUGCAAUAGUUCAGGCAUGUGCAUCUGCAAGAUGGGAGUGCAUGGGGACAAGUGUGACGACUGCCGCCCAGGUUUCUCACACUUCAGCAGCACAGGGUGCCAACCUUGCCAAUGCAAUAAUCAUAGCAGCUACUGCCACCCACAGUCAGGCAUCUGCGUGAACUGCCAAGGCAACACCGAAGGACCCAGUUGCGAGAACUGCAGGUAUAAUUUCUACAGAAGGCCCGGUUCUCCCGUGACGGACCCCUGCAUCCCCUGCCCCUGCUCCAGUGUCACCUCCACAGGCAGCUGUAAGCUGGACUCAAGUGGCCAGCCUUUCUGUAUCCAGUGCAAGCCGGAGUACCAGGGUCCCAACUGUGAGCAGUGUAGUGAUGGCUUCUACAACGCCGACAGCAUCUGCCUUCCCUGUAACUGCAGCGGGAACGGAGACCCCCGCUUAUCACCUCGGAUCUGUCACCCGGACACGGGCCACUGCCUGAGCUGCAUCAACAACACUACGGGACUGCACUGCGAGCGCUGCGCAGAGGGAUUCACGGGGGACGCCCUCGCCAGGAACUGCACUCCUACAGUCGUCCACACUUCUCCUUCAACCACUACCCACUGGUUUCACUACACCACCAUGACCUCCAGCCCCAAUGCUACAGCACAAUUCACCACCUCCUCUACCACCCUGCUUAGCAGCCUGGGCAGCUCCACCACUAACACCACCACUACCACGGUGACUCCGCUCCCAUGGAACCAGUUCAACAUCAUCAUCCUGGCCGUCAUCAUCAUAGUUGUGCUACUUCUCUUGGCGGUGGUGGGUGGCGUGUACACUUACAGGGAAUACCAAAACCGCAAGUUGAACGCCCCGUUCUGGACCAUCGAGCUGAAGGAGGACAACAUUAGCUUCAGCAGCUAUCACGACAGCAUUCCGAACGCAGAUGUAUCAGGGCUUUUAGAGGAUGAACUUAGUGACGUGGGCAACGGACAACUUGCUUUAACCGGUCCUGGUAGUUUGUAUAAGGUGUAACUGAUUUUUAAGCUGGGCUGCUACACCGGCACUGGAUCGACACUGGGCAGAUUGUGGACCUGUGGAUAUGUGGACCCCCGUUUUUGUUUUUAUGCCGAUGAAAAAGGACAUUGUUUUUCUCUUCAGACAUAAUGAAAACACUCACACAAGCACUCCAAAACAAGAAGAGCCAGUAGUAAAUAAAGAACAUAAGCAGUGCAUCUGACUGAAAAGCCAAGCUAAACAUCCUGCCCUGUUGAAGACCACAUGUUACAACCCAAAGCUGAAACAUGUGGUCUUGCUUUGAAGAAAGAGAUGCAGAAUCUAAUUUGCUAACAGAAUACUAGACAGUGAAGCAUGUCUGGUUCGAUCAAUCGAAUGCAUCUGCUUAUUAACAUUAUUUGCACAUUUACAAACGUCCAUUCACUCGUUCUCUUUGUAAAUGCUGUGGAUGUUUUAAAUACACAGAGAGGACGUUCGUUUUCAACAAACUCAGGAUGGAUAUCGUUUUUGUUGUUUAAACCACACCAUUUUAGUGUUGCUUCAGCACAAGGAAACCACACAUGCUAUUACAUGUGCAUUACUUUAGGGGGCACCAUUACACUGGACCUGACAUGGAGACCAGGCCUGUGUAUUAUCCAAUGGAAAUAACUAAUACUGAAUGGUAGAUGCUGAAUAAACUUUUUCUUCUUUUUUUUGGCUUUCUUGCCGAAGUGAAAUACAAGAAGGGAUGAUUUAUUUUUAUCAGGCCAAAGAGGAUCUGUGUGUCAGUCUCAGGAGGAUAGAGUCUGGCUAUUUCUUGUCACAGUUUUACAACGACAAAGAGGAUUUAGAAGACUGUUUCACAAUGUAUGGAAUUUUACUUGUUUUAUUUAUUUUCAGAAAUUUAUUGUCAAUCCGCUUUUCUUUUGUGACUUAUCACCGGCCACCUGUUGAAAGGUGCCAUGCCUUGUGUGGACUUGACACAACAGUAUGUCUUAGAGUUUAUGUUGGGAGAGUUUAACAGUUUUGGCUAAUUUAUUUGGGCGAACCUCUCUCAGAUUCAUGGUUUAGGGACAGUUUGUUUGUCACAGAGGACGGGGACAAAUACUUUCAGAUGAGCAAUAAUGCCUGUUGGUUCUCACAGCUGUACUGGACAGAAUUAAUCACUGCCAUUUGUGUAGCACAGGCUAAAACAAGUUGAUCGAAUGGUUCAGUGAGUGACUAAGUGCAUGUGUUUGUGUGUGUGGGUAUAUGUGUGGGUGCUGAGCGUUGUAAUCUAAUAUAUUACUAAGUGAGUUGGAUAUAUGUCAGUAAAAGACAUGAAAGGGUUGGUAUGUUCUUGGUAGGAGAUGACCUGAACUGAAGAGCAAUAGUUCAUCUCUGUCUGUAUCUCAAAUGACUCUUGGGAUGUCUAAUUUUAGCUCCCUCCCCACUUUCACAGUCUUUUCCCAGGGUGUAUUGGUACAAAACCAUGUAAAUAUUAGAUGUACAGAAUGGUUGUCUUGAGAAGGCUGCUAUUAAAUUGGUACAUGUGGCGACAAAUUUUGUGUCCAACAUACUAGUUGCCGCACAUAGAGACUGUCGUCGUAAUGGUGUCUUAAUCUUACAUUGUAUGCAUUGUGCAGUAUGCAUGGUGCACCACAUUCACAAUAGCUCUGUGAAAGAUUUCAAUAAAAGUUUUACUAUAA